AUGAAAAUGGAUAAAGAGGAUUUGGGUGGGAAGGCAGAUGGGGUGAAGGCGAGCUCGUUGAUGGUGGUGGUUCAGGUGGCAUUUGCGGCGGCGAACAUCCUGUACAAGUUGGCCGCCGACGACGGGAUGAACAUGCAGGUGAUGGUGGCGUACCGGUUUCUCUUCGCCACCGCGUUUAUGGUUCCCCUUGCAAUCGUUUUCGAGAGGAAGAAGCAGCCAACCUUUACCUGGAAGAUUUUGCUCGAAGUUUUUCUGUGUGGUCUAUUAGGGGGCACAUUGGAGAAGAACUUCAACGCAGAGGCAUUGAACCUAACAUCCCCAACAUUCGUCUCCGCGAUGAGCAACCUCAUCCCGGCCAUCACCUUCCUCCUCGCCAUCUGCUUCCGAAUGGAAACGUUACGGUGGAGAGAAAAAGCAGGACAGGCCAAGAUGGCAGGGACGCUGCUGGGAAUCGGCGGAGCGAUGCUCCUGACAUUCUACAAAGGCCCCGUCCUUGAACUAUGGCCGUCGACGCACAUCGACCUCCUGGCUCAUCACUCCCAUCACGGCCGCCGCCCUAUCACGGCGGCCAGUACUCCUCCUCCUCCUCCUACUUCCGGUCACGGUCACGGGCAGCGGCAUACUUUGGGCGCGCUCCUCUCUCUCGGCAGCUGCUUCUCCUACGCGCUGUGGCUGAUCUGCCAGGCGAAGCUGAACCGGAGGUACCCGGGCUGCCCGUACUCGGUGACGGCGAUGAUGUGUGUCGUGGCGUGUGUUCAGAGCGUGGGGUUGGGUUUGUUUGUGGAGAGGGAUUGGGAGCAGUGGAAGCUCGGCUGCGAUGUCAGGCUCCUCACCGUCGCCUAUUCGGGGAUCGUGGCUUCGGGGCUGAUGGUGGUGCUGAUAUCGUGGUGCGUGAGCAAAAGAGGCCCGCUGUUCGUGUCCAUUUUCAACCCUCUCCUGCUCGUCACCGUCGCCGUUGCCGCUUCCCUCCUUCUCAACGACAAACUUUGCCUUGGAAGCGUACUGGGUUCGGCAUUGAUCAUUUGUGGGCUGUACGGAGUGAUCUGGGGAAAAGGCCAAGAGUCCAAGAGUAAUUGUGAGAAUGAGAAGAAGAAGCCGCCACCGCCAGGUGUCAGUCGUAAUGUUGUUGUUCCGGUGACGGACGCCGACGAGUGGCCGCCGGCAGAUGAUGGUGACCACAAGAAACCCAAACAAGGAGAAGUCGUCGUCGUGAUUUCAGUGUCGGCGCUGGAUGGCAAAGACGAGAAGAGUACCAGUAAAGCUGGCCAGAAGGAAGAAGUGGAAGAUAAAGAAGUGGUUUUGAGCAUCACCACGUUACCCGAAAGAUGA